ACAGCGCAGGCCCCACCCUUUGUGUUCCCCCCUCAGCGCCCGUCAAUCAAAAUACAAAGAAAUCUUGACAGUUUAUCACCUGAUUUUUUUACGCGCAUGCUUUCGAUAUAAUCCGCCGAUCAUGUCCGGCUGCUUGUGACUGUCACGACUCUCCGGUUCACGACGAGUCCCGCCAUGACUGCACCAGAACAGCCAUUGAAAGCAGAAGAGAUGGCUGCCAUGGAGGUGGACAGCAGUCACGGCGACUUCCUGCCGCAGGAGGACGGCAGGGGCGGCCAGCUCACUGGGACUGACACAUGGGAGGUGUUAACACCCACAACAAAGGAUGAAUCUGGGAUGAUCCAAAUCCAAAGUCAAGGAAUAUUAACAUCAAACGGACAGUAUGUUCUUCCUCUUCAAAACCUACAAAGUCAGCAAAUCUUUGUGACAUCGGGAACGGCCUCCUCCAAUGCCAACGCAGUGCCUAACAUUCAGUACCAAGUAAUUCCUCAGAUUCAGACCGCAGACGGACAGCUGAGCUUCUCCACAUCCAACAUGACUCAGGAUGCCACGGGGCAGAUUCAGAUCCUGCCUGACGGUAGCUCAACUGCAAACAUCCUUAAUAACAACCAGAACCUCAUCUCACAGACUGGUAAUGUCCAGCAGAUCCAGGGGGUUUCUAUCGGCAGCUCCACCUUCAACAACCAGGGUCAGGUUGUCACUAAUGUGCCUAUGGGUUUGCCCGGGAAUAUCACUUUUGUUCCUAUCAACAGCGUGGACUUGGAAUCCCUGGGCCUGUCCGGAGCUCAAACUAUAGCAACAGGGGUCACUGCUGAUGGCCAGUUGAUUAUGACCAGUCAGCCUGUGGAUGGCUCUGAGAGUCAGGUGAAGCAAGAGGUUCAACUCACACAGACGAUACCAGGCAGUGACUCGAAUGCAAAUCCUGACCUUUACGUGCCAACGUCUUCCUCUGAGCUGCACAUUUCAGUAAAUGAAUCAGGUCUGCUGACACAGGAUUCGUCGUCGUCGUCAGUGGCCAAUGAACAGGCCGACUCGAGCUCUGGCUACAUCCAACAAAACCAUGAGCAGAGCAUCCAGGUGUCCUCAGCCACACCCAUCAUCCAGCUGCAGCAGAUGCCUGUCCAGACCUCCAACGGUCAGGUGGUGCAGUCGGGCGGUCAGGGUCUGCAGAACGUCCAGCUGAUCAACCCGGGGACCUUCAUCAUCCAAGCCCAGACGGUCACGGCUUCGGGUCAGAUACAGUGGCAGACCUUUCAGGUGCAAGGAGUGCAGAACCUGCAGAACCUCCAGCUGCCGACCACACCCCCCCAGCAGAUCACCCUGGCCCCUGUCCAGACCCUGUCCCUGGGGUCCGGUCAGGUCAGCAUCAACACGGGUCAGAUCCCCAGCCUGCAGACGGUGACGGUCAACUCCAUGGCCCAACAGGAUGGAGACACAGACAACAUUGGAGACAUUCAGAUAAAGGAAGAGCCCGACUCUGGAGAGUGGCAGCUGAGCAGCGACUCCACCCUGAACACGAGCGAUCUGUCCCACCUGCGCGUCAGGCUGGUGGAUGACGACGACCAGUUGGGUCAGGAGGGCAAGAGGCUGCGUCGGGUGGCGUGCACUUGCCCCAACUGUAAAGAGUCAGGUGGCAGAGGAUCCAGCACGGGGAAAAAGAAGCAGCACAUCUGCCACAUCGCAGGCUGUGGGAAAGUAUACGGGAAGACGUCGCACCUGCGAGCACACCUGCGCUGGCAUUCAGGGGAGCGACCUUUUGUUUGCAGCUGGAUGUUCUGUGGGAAGAGGUUCACACGCAGCGACGAGCUGCAGAGACACAGGAGAACACACACAGGAGAGAAGAAGUUUGUCUGCCCAGAAUGUUCCAAGCGCUUCAUGCGGAGCGACCACCUGGCGAAGCACAUUAAAACUCAUCAGAACAAAAAAGCCAUGAACUCUGGCAGCGCAGUGGUGGCCGCGAUGGAAUCCGCGGGGUCCUCGGACAGUAUCAUCACCACGGCGGGCGGGACCACCCUCAUCCUCACCAACAUCCAGCAGGGCUCCAACGCCGCCCAGGACAUCCUGGCCAACGCAGAGAUCCCGCUCCAGCUCGUCACCACAGUAGCGGCCAGUGAAGUCAUGGAGUGAUUUACACUCCGCUUAUGAACUUGUGCAAACUCCAUCAUACUGUAUACUCCUACCUGCGUUUUUAUUCAAGUUUUGGAAGAAAACUGAAAUUAUAAAUAUAUAUAUACAUAUAUAUUUUAACACGAAAAUAGUCCGACCAUGUCCGUGCUCAGUUUCUAAUGAGGAAAAAACUAGUAUUGGAGACUAAAAGAAGGUGGAAAAAACAUUGCAGUAAACACACAAAGAAAUGCCUUAUUUUGUACAAUAUUGUGUAGUUGCAAAUGUAGGAUGCCAUUUUGUUUUGAAUCUACUAAUAUGUUAAUGUGUUUUUUCAUGACAAAUUAUUGGUAAGUUGAGCAAUUCUCUCCUCCGCCUUUUUGCUGGUGGUUUGUUCUGAUGAGGUAAAGUAUGUUCCAUAAUGCUCUCAGCAAAGACUCAGUCUCACCCCUGAGAUCCUUUUAUCCAGCUCCAGUCAUGUUAUUGCUUCUGUUCUCGCAAAUCUCUUAAUGUAACAUGUUUUAUUUUCACUGUCCUCUUUUACAGUCCGUCUGCUUGCACAUUAGCGAACCUCCUUCCUGCGUUUAUUUUUAAAAAGACAAACUCUUCACACAGACGACAUUGCAGGUGAAAAUGAAAAACAAUCAAUUUUUUUGUAUUGUAAUUCCUCUUGAACAUAAAAUGUUGAUAUGAUAUAUACGUCAUUUGCUUAUUCAAUAUUUUGACCAAACCACUAUUUAUAUCGGGCUUUACAUCGAAAAAUGCCUUUGUGAUAUUAAAAGUCAAAAUAUUUCCUACGGUUCCAUUAUAUGUAAUUCAAAUGUGUUUUCCUUCUGAGGGAGGAUUUCAAAACAAGGAAAAAAAACUUUAAUUGUUAUAUGAAGAGAAAAAGCCAUUUUUUGAAGAUAAUUGCCAAAAUUUGACUACAAACUCAGGGUGACUUGUGACUGUGUGAUACGAGUAGAGUUCAUCACCCCUCUGGCUUCUGGGACAAUGAGGGUGUUGUGGUAAUCAGAUGGACCAAAGGCUGAGGUGAAUUAAGCUGUCACCACGUUACCUGUGCUUGUUAAAUCUCACUGUCGUUUUCUUUUUUUUGUAACAAUAAGAACGACCCCUGUUAUGGAAACAGGAUUCUUCAGCAGUAUCUUGCUCCUUCACUUCUCGUUAUGCAUUUGGGGGGG